CGCCGGCGAGUCGGACUCAAAAGGAACUUCGAAACGUCCGCCAUGAGAGGAACCGCCGCUGCUCUGUGCCUCCUGGCCGUGCUCACGACUCGAGCCCCCGGCGCCACCGCUGCCCCCAGGUGCCCCGCCGACUUCGUCUCGCUCGACGGCCGCUGCGUGCACAUCUACACGGAAAACUACGCAGGCAACGCCCCGGCCAUGACCUGGCCCUCGGCGAAGGCCCUCUGCGCUGCCAAGGCCACGGACGGCUGGUCCACCGAGCUGGCCACUGUGAACGAGGCCUUCCUCACUAAAUUCACCGCGCACGUCGUCAGCGAGAUUCCAGGCAUGACUGGCUACAUCUUCUGGACGGGCGGGAGCAAAGUGAACGGCGUGUGGCAGUGGACGGACACCGCGCCCAUCGACCCCUUGGCCUAUAUCUGGUACAUGUCCUCCCCCAACCCCGAUUCGACGGGCGUGUACGGGAUGCUCGUGCCCUCCGGCGCCAACAACCGCUUCUACAUGCUGGAGUACGACGAGAGCAACGUCGGCCCCUCCUUCAUCUGCGAGGCUAAGGCCCUGGUGGCGUGAGCGUCGCUGGGGCGUCUGAGGGUCGCCUGAGAGGCUGCUGGGCUUCGCGAGGGGCAAGCGGAAGGGAAAGGAGCGACCCGCCUCGGCUGUCACUUCGGUCAAGAUAACAAAACUAGAAAAUUGCGGACAUUCUUACAAGUUUCUGAAGUCAAUUAC